AUGGAUGCUGUUGCGCAGUAUGUAUUCAUUAAAUUGUACAACGGCUUGCUAUAUGAUCUUGGCAAGAGCAUCAAGGAUCUAAGCAAGAACAUCAAGGGCUUGCUCUCUGAUCUAAGCAAGAACAUCAAUGACGAAACAUUGGAUGACAGGCAGCUCAUAGAAGUACUCAGAGAAUUCCUUGAAGACAAAAGGUAUUUUGUUGUAGUUGAUGACGUAUGGGAUAUAUCAGUUUGGAAAAUGAUUAGAUGUGCUUUGCCUGAUAAUGAUGUUGGAUACACUAUUAUUACAACCACCCGUAUUUCUCAUGUUGCUGAACAAGUUGGGGGUGAUUACAACAUGAAACCUCUUUCUUUGAAUAACUCCCGAAAACUACUUUAUAGAAGAAUAUUUGGUAAUGGGAACAAAGGCAACAAUGAAGCAGAAGAAAUAUGUCAUGCGGAGCUGGCCGAAGUAUCUGACAGAAUACUGAAGAAAUGUGCUGGUGUGCCAUUAGCUAUAAUUACGAUGGCUAGUUUGCUAGCUUGCAAAGCAAGAAAUAAAAUGGAGUGGUAUGAGGUGUACAAUUCUGUUGGUACUGGUUUGGAAAACAAUCUAGAUGUGGAGAAUAUGAGAAAGAUUUUGUCAUUUAGCUAUUAUGAGCUACCAUGCCAUUUAAGGGCUUGCUUGUUAUAUUUGAGCAUGUUUCCUGAAGAUUAUGAAAUUGAUAGGGAUCGUUUGAUAAGGAUGUGGGUAGGUGAAGGUUUUAUCCAAUAUGAAAAAGCAGGGAAGAGUCUAUUUGAACUCGGAGAGAGUUACUUCAAUGAGCUUAUAAACAGAAGCAUGAUCCAACCAGUAUAUGAUGAUGGUGACAUAAUGAUACAAGGUUGUCGUGUACAUGAUAUGAUGCUUGAUCUUAUCCGCUCCUUGUCAAGUGAAGAAAACUUUGUUACUGUACUAAGUAACAUGGGAGGCACAUCUCCGUCAAAUACAAUUCGGAGGUUAUCCCUUCAGAUUGGCCAGGAAAGUUAUGUAAUGGCUCAAGCUACUUUCAGCAUGAAACAUGCAAGCUCAGUUGUUGAUGAUGAAAAUCAUGUAAUGGUUCAAGCUACUUUCAGCAUGAAACAUGCAAGGUCACUUGUUGUGUUUCCAGCUAUUGCUUCUAUAGUGCUGCCUCUUGCCUGCUGCCGAGUUUUACGUGUUCUGGAUUUAGACGCCUGCGAUCUUUCAAGAGCUAAUGGUAGCUUUAAGUGCCUUGGGAAUAUACAUCACUUGAGGUACUUGGGACUACGUGAGACAGGCAUUUCUCAGCUCCCGGAAGAAAUAGGAAACCUGCAAUUUCUACAAACAUUGGAUGUAAGGGGCAACGCAUAUUUGAGGUUGCCUUCGAGUGUUGUCCAACUAAGAAAGUUGAUGUGCCUAUACAUUGACUCGUGGUCUAAAAGUGCACAGGACAGAAUUGGAAACCUGACAUGCCUUGAACAGCUGUCAUGGUUAUGCAUUGAUGACUCCACUAGAAAUAUUAUAGAACAGUUAGGCCAGCUAACUGAACUGAGGCAGCUGUCCAUUAAAUUGGACGAGUGGAACGACAAGCUGUUGGAGUGCCUAUGCAAGCUACAAAAGAUGCAAGAACUAGUUAUCGAAUGUUUUGGUCAAUGCAGCAUCGACGGGGAUGCCUGGGUCGCCCCUCGACAUCUUCGCGUAUUGUAUAUACCAAACAGAUGUUGGUUUUCAACACUUCCAGCUUGGGUGAAUCCAUCGCUUCUUCCGGACCUCACCAAGCUAUCCAUCACCGUGAGGGAGCUACAUCAGGUUGACCUCGAAAUCCUCGGGAGGUUGCCAGCUCUCCGCUUUCUAUCUCUGAAGGUGGACAACAAGAACCUAAGUAUCAUUCGGGGAUUCGUUGUUGGUGCUGGUGCAUUCCCGUGCCUUGUAAGCUGUUACUUCUAUCAAUUUGUGUGGCCAGUGGUAUUUCAACAGGGAGCUAUGCGAAGGCUCAGAAAGUUUGAGUUCCAGCAGUUUUAUCUGCGGGAGACAAGAGGAAUUGCCUGCAAUGACGGUAGUCUCGAAUUGUGCUUGGGAAACCUACCAUCGCUGCAGGAUGUCCAGGUUGUCCUGUGAUGUGAUGGUGCUAGCAAGGAGGAGGCAGAGCAAGCCAAGGCUGCGCUGACGCAUGAAGCUGAAAUGCAUCCCAAUCAUCCCCGUCAUUAUAUCGAUAUUAGAGGUGCGCCAGCUCCUGAUUGA